AUGACUAACACCACCGCUGGGAUAGAUUUAGAUCUGCUUCAAACAGGGUUCAAUAGCUCCAGUCUAAUUGAAGACAGCAAGCUUUUGGAAAUGGGCAAAGCCUUUGCCCAUUCAGGAGCUUUCAUUGUCACCGUUAUUUUCACCUGCCUCAUCGUAGUGAUUGUGCAGAACUCUUCGGAGCUGCGUGAGAACCCCCGCUAUGUCCUGUUGUGUCUGCAUUGCAUGUGCGUGAGCAUCUUCAACAUUAUGGGUGUAGUGGUGCACAGUUUACGCAGCCUUCGAUGGCCUGUCUCACGAAUUGUCUGCUGGAUCCUCUUUGACCUGCAGGUAGUGAUGGCACGAGGUCUGAUGAUCACCCUAACGCUAAUGUCUGUCACCACUUGUCUCUCUGUUUCCUUGCCGCUCCGUUACCCGGCUCUUGUCCAGCGCUACCGCCACUGGGUGAUGCUGGCGUCUUGUGUUUUUGCCCUGUUCAACCCUGUGGUGUUCACUGUCCUAGCCUGCGUACGCAACCCCUGGGACUACGUGAUUGGACUGGACACAGAGUGCUCUACAGCUUUGGAAGGCAUGGCUUGCAUUGUUAGUGCUUUAACGCAGCUGUCAUUGCUGAUUAUACUCAUAAUCGGAAGCUACGUGGUCAUUUACCUGGAGGGCUGGCGUGCCGGUCAUUUCACACCUUCAAACAGUAAGGGCCGCCGCACCAUUUUCAUCCACUGCCUGCAGAUGAGCUUGCACAUCCUCCCCUCUCUCAUCAUCAUCUCGCGGCAUCAGGAGAGACUCGCGGUGGCACUGGCACUUUUCAUCGUCUUUUGUUCUGCACAGUCGCUAAGUCCUGUGGUAUUUGGCCUGCGCUGCAAAGAGCUCUCCAUGGAGAUGCAACAUCUCCUGCCGUGCACUCAGGGUAUCUGUGGCCACAUUGGGAGCACGGAUAACACAAGUACAGAGACAGUAACUAGUGCAGGCAGUGGGGCCUGUAUAGAGACACAUGCCUCUGCCUGCGUGGCCACAGGCACCGUGUCUGCAGUUAUUUCAAAGUUUGAGGAGGAGCAGAAAGACGUCACAGAGGUAACCGUGUAA